AUGUCCCAGAAAGCAAGGAAACGCGCGGGCUCGUUUCGUGUCCAGACAAAGCAUGAAGAGUUGGUAUUCUUGUCUCCUUCUAGUUCUGUACUGACGGAGCAGGAUGUUCCUACAGCGACGGGCACAACCAUAUCCUCGCCAGCGCCAUCCUUCCACAGACAGUCAGUGACCCCAGAGCGCAGCGCGUCUCCCGCCAACUUCGCCGCCCAGCAAGCAAAUAGGUCUAUCUUCGUUCGUUGGGUUAUUGACCCCAAGAUUUCGUUUAAGCUCCUCCUUCUCCCCCUGGUGCUCUACGCAAACUGGGAACUCAUCGCGCCAUAUGCUAAACCCGGGAUAGCGAACCCCUUCGCGCCUCUCUUCCUGCUUUCUGGGCUCGUCCCAGACUCGAAGCCUGACGACCCUCGCUACCAGAAAUCAUGGUGGGACUUCGCCUUCCUCGGAUACUACGUCGUCUUCUUCUCUUUCGUCCGUGAAGCUCUCCUCGUCAAUAUCUCACAACCUACUGCACGAUACUUUGGCCUCAAACGCGAAGCCAAGAUUGAACGCUUCGGAGAACAAGCUUACGCCUUCCUCUACUUUAUGUUUAUGGGUGCAUGGGGCUACCGCGUAAUGUCUUCAUUGCCCACGUAUUGGUACAACACGAACGAGUUCUGGGUUGGCUACCCUCACUGGGACAUGAAACCUGAACUCAAGCGCUACUACCUAAUGCAGUUUGCAUAUUGGUGGCAACAACUCCUCGUCCUCGUCUUGGGGUUGGAGAAGCCCCGGAAGGACUACAGAGAGCUGGUCGGCCAUCAUUUCGUCACCCUCUGGCUUGUCGGUUGGAGUUACCUCGUUAAUCUGACCUACAUUGGAAAUGCAGUCUACAUGAGCAUGGAUAUUCCUGAUAGUUUCUUGGCUUUCUCCAAACUCCUUAACUACAUCCAAUGGAACACCGCGAAGGUGUAUGCAUUUAUCGUGUUCUUCGUGAUUUGGUCAUACUUCCGCCACUAUUUGAACAUCAAAAUUUUGUGGUCGGUCUGGUUCGAGCAGCCCAACAUUCCGGAGUGGACUAAGCAAUGGAACUGGGCAGCAGGCACAUACAUGCCUGGGUGGAUGCGGUUCCAGAUCUUCCUUCCGUUGUUCCUCCUCCUCCUACUGAACUUCUUCUGGUACUCGUUCAUGGUCAAAAUCCUCCUGAGAGCCCUCACGACCGCGGAGGCAGAUGACGACAGAUCGGACGACGAGGACGAAGGUGGCGACGAACCCUCAGAGAAGAAGGCUUAG